GGAAACAGACACAGAGUGGCACCUCUCUCUCCUCUCUCUCCUGCUCCUGCUCCUGCUUGCAGGGAAAGUGGCCGUGUUGCAGGAGAAGCGGGCGGCUAAACAAGUGAAUUUGAUGUUGAACCGAGCGCAGCCGGCGGAUUACAAGUUUGUGGCCUCGGGUUGGGCCGCCGCGUGUUUUCUGUUUUUAGACCAAACCUCCCGAGCUGCCCGACAGGUUGGCCAUCCCUGCUCUCCUCCUCGUCGUGCGGUCAGCUUUCAAAAGUUCCGCCCUGUGGACAGACAGGUGUUGGAAUGAACAAAUCCAGGCCCGGCGGGGAUAAAAAGGCCUCCCAGGUUCCUCUGACCAGGGUGACUCGCAGUUCCUCCUCCCAGGCCAGGCACACUGACCCAGUCAAGCCGCAGGACGCUGGGCCUGGCCCUUAUGGAAAACAGCGCAAGAAGCAGACUGACUCAGCCCUCGCCCAGGACCUGAGCCAGAUGAGCGUCAGCGGACAGGAAGUUUUACCUACAGGUGAAGAAAACAUGUUUGAGAGUGCCGGCGACCCUGUGGCGGCCGGUCAGCCCUCUGGAUCCAGAUCUUCUCAGGGCACUCCGUCUGCAUCAGUGAAGUCCUCGUCCCGGGGCGGCCUGGCCUCGGUGGCCCGGCUGGUGAAGCUGGGCCGCUGUAAGAACAUUGUGGUGGUGGCUGGGGCCGGGAUCAGCACAGCCAGCGGCAUCCCAGAUUUCAGAACGCCAGGAACAGGUCUGUACGCUAACCUAAAGCAGUACAACAUCCCUUAUCCAGAAGCCAUUUUCAACAUCGACUACUUCUCCAACGACCCGCAACCUUUCUUCUCGCUGGCCAAGGAGCUGUACCCGGGCACCCACCGGCCCAACUACAUCCACUAUUUUAUCCGCAUGCUGCAUCACAAGGGCCUGCUGCUCCGAAUGUACACCCAGAACAUUGACGGGCUGGAGAAACUGUGCGGCAUCCCGGAUGAAAAACUUGUGGAGGCUCACGGUAGUUUCGCCACAGCUUCCUGUCACCUGUGCUACACUUCGUACCCUGCUGAGGAGGCAAAGACUGCCAUAAUGAAUGACAACGUCCCCAUCUGUACAUUCUGUGCUGCAACAGUGAAGCCUGACAUUGUGUUUUUCGGUGAGGACCUUCCCCAGAAGUACUUCCUGCAUUCGAAAGAUUUCCCCAAAGCAGACCUGCUCAUCAUCAUGGGCACGUCUCUGCAGAUCGAGCCGUUUGCCAGCCUGGUGAACACGGUGCGCUCCACUGUGCCGCGGCUCCUGCUGAACCGAAACGCCGUGGGUCCCUUCGAGAAGGUUCCUCUGCGGCGAGGGGACCACAUGGAGCUGGGUGACCUGGUCGACACCGUGCGGAGGUUCGCUGACAUCCUCGGCUGGAGCCAAGAGAUCGAACAGCUGAUGAGGAGUCAGGAAAACGGGAGCGUCCCCUCACUGGUGAGCAGCAGUCACUCAGUGAGCGACCAGAAGCCAUGUCAGAGUAAACCCAACGGCCUGGGGAGGAGAGGAGCGUCGGAGCCACAAGGCAGGCUGCCUCCAAAGUCCAGACCAGGGGCUCAGAGACCUGCAACCAGUGGCAGUGACACUGACUCAGAGACGGACAGCAAGAGCUCCGCGUCGUCCAGCCCGAGCAACUGAAACUCACCUCCUCGUGAUAUUUCCCGGCCUUCGUAGCUCAGAAGACACUGGAAAGGUUUGAGAGUUUCUCUACAUUGUACAUGCAAAGAGGCUUCUGAUGUUGUCUUGUAUUCUGUGUGUCAUUCUCGAUGCUCGUUCCUGUUAGUGGCAAAGUGAAGUGCAAGGAGAAAAGUGUGUUCGAGUGUGUGAGAGCUUACAGUAUGUCUGCAUCUGGGAGCAUUGCUGACUGCCAGAUGCUGUGUGUGUGUAUGCUGCACGUGUAUCAAAUACAAGCAUAUAUGAAGCACUUAAUUCCCACACACCAGUGUCCAUUUAAUUCAUUUAAAUGUAUUUAAAAUGCUUCACACUGGAUACAUCAGUAGGAUUUUGGAAAUGUUGAUGUGAAAUGAGUUCCAUCGAAAACACUAAGAAAUGUCUCUUCCCUGCAGCAGCAAGCUAAUCCCAAUGUGUAUGCAUGUGUUUGUGUGUGUGUGUGUGUGUGUGUAUGUAUGUAUGUAUAAGAGCCCAACAGACUUUUAAAUUUGUUCUGUCAGUACAAUACUGCGCACUGUUAUAUUAAACAAUAUUUAAUAAAGUAUUGUUUUAUUUGUAUGUUA